AUGUUUUUAUUAAAUAUUUCUUUAUAUCGAAAAUAUCUAUUUAUUAUUUUUCUAUUUUCUAUAUUUAUUUAUUAUAAUUUAUUAUUUCAAAGAAAAAAUUCUAAUAUAAUUAAUCAAACAUCGAAUUCUAUUCGUAUAUUAUACGUUAUUCGAACAAGUUCAUAUUUUUAUCAAAAACGUUUAAUUUAUCUUCUUCAAACAUGGAUAUCAUUAGUAAAUCAAGAUGUUUUCUUUGUUACCGAUAUACUUUUACCAAAUAUAUCUCAAAAUCAUAUGAUUCUAACAAAACAAAUAUGUGGACCUGAUGCUCAUUCAAUGAAUAUUUUAUGUUGUAAAACAGCACAUGAUUUUAUUAUUUUUCAUCGUUAUAUAUCCGAAUAUGAUUGGUUUUGUCAUUUUGAUGAUGAUCAAUAUGUCAAUGUUAAUAAUCUUAAAAAAUAUCUAUCUACUCUUGACUUUAAUCAACCUUAUUAUAUUGGACGUGCCUCAUGGUCUAAUACUAUAAAACGAUCAAAAGAACCUUAUCCAUAUUCAUUUUGGUUUGCUACAUUAGGUGCUGGUAUAUGUCUAUCAAAACGUACAAUUUAUCUUCUCAAACCUUAUACACAAAGUGUAUCACAAUUUAUUGAUGGUUGUAUAAAUGAAAAUUAUCAUGAUGAUAUCUAUUUAGGUUUUCUAUUAAAUGGUUAUUUAAAUAUAACAUUAACAAAAAAUAAUCAUUUUCAUUCUCAUCUUGAAAAAUUUUUUUAUCAUAAUAAACAAAUAUUUCUUCGUACAUUUACAAAUGAAAUAACAUUUGGUUUUAAUAUACCUGAUCGAUAUCCUUAUUAUCUUCCUCAACUUGAUAAAUCUUAUUUAGAUCCAUAUCGUAUACGAACACUUCAUUGUCUUCUUUAUAUAACACAAAUUAAAGAAUGUGAAACAAAAAUUCGUCAACAUAUUUUUAAUUCUACGAUAUAG